ACCCCUCAGAAAAUACACAAAACCCAAUUCAACACACAACAGUUUCCUGCAAAAUUCGGUUUGCCAUGUAUAGGAUGUGCAAUCUAUCCAACCUGCUGAACUUCAUUAUCUGCAUAGCCAGUUUCAGCCAGACUUUCGAUGGAACCCUGGCGGUCAAGAGGGGUCCACAUCAUCCAAGAGGCGAAACCCGCAGAGUGGACCAGCAUCUCACCCACGAGGAGCACCGUAUUGAUGACGAUUUAAAGGAAAUGGGAGUGCAGGCCAAUUUGGAGGACUUGAGCGAGGAGGAGAAAAUCUUCUACAUGUUUAAGGCCCAUGACAAUGAUAAUAACAAUGCACUGGAUGGCCUCGAGAUGAUUCAGUCUGCCAUGCAUCAUAACUAUGACUAUUUUAAAAACAAUGAGCGGGAUGAAUACCUGCAAAAUGCCACCGAUGAGUUGGAACACUUUAUAGAGGCCAUUGACAAGUUUCUGCUGAUUGCCGAUGACAACAACGAUGGUUUGCUUCACUAUCCGGAAUUCGUGAAGGCCAUAACCGGUGGCAAGGAGCAACUGAAUGUGGACAGGAAUAUCCUGCGCUAAUCCCACCAACUUCUCGAUUAGCAGUUUUCAACGAAACAUCACAGCCGAAGUAGACACAAUAAUAGUCAUAGCAUAGUUAAAUUACUUAGCCAAUAAUCUGAUUUCCAUGCUGAACCAUUUGAGACUGUACACCAAAAGCAGAAAUCCAAGCACUAUCCUGCACCUCGUUUGUACUACAAUCUAAUGAUUUAAUAUAAAUUUAAAUAGAUACA